GGCGGGCGGGCGGACUGGGACCACAAGUGUCUGACAGUGUGGACUGGGGCCUUGUCACUGAGGCAGAAUCGCUUGCUCCUGGGCCCCAAGGCAGCUGCCCCAUGCUCUGGUGGGCACGGUACCAUGUUCCUAAGCUUCCUUGUGCUGCUGACUAUCUUGGGCUCUGGCAACAGCCUUCCGCUGCGGGACUCCUGGGAGCAGGAAACCACGGAAGCCCCGGGGCCUGUGCAUCUCCGGGAACGGAGGCAGACGGUUGAGGAUGACGAUUUGGAGGACCCUGACUAUAUGUAUAACACAGAUCCCCCAGAGUUGCUGAAAAAUGUCACCAACACCGUGGCUGCUCACCCCGAGCUGCUGACCACCGUGGUCAUGCUAGAGAGAGUUUCCGUGAGCAUUGGAACCUCUGAGACAGCCACUUUGAAGGUUGCCACCACUGGCCCUGCUGGCCCAGGUACAGGAGGGCCAGCUGUUGGGAUGCUGAGCACAGACUCUGCCACACAGUGGAGUCUAACCACAACGGAGACCAUCCCACCAACAUCCACAGAGGCGGAGACCUCGCAGCCAACACCCACGGAGGCGGAGACCUCGCAGCCAACACCCACGGAGGCGGAGACCUCGCAGCCAACACCCACAGAGGCGGAGACCUCGCAGCCAACACCCACGGAGGCGGAGACCUCGCAGUCAACACCCACAGAGGCGGAGACCUCGCAGUCAACACCCACAGAGGCAGAGACCACCCAGCUUCCCAGGAUUCGGGCUGUAAAAAGUCUGUUUACAACGUCUGCAGCCACCGAAGCCCCUUCCACAGAACCUACCACCAUGGAGAUGGCGUCCCCAGAGUCUAACGAGUCUGCCAUCUUCCUUGGGCCAUCCGUGACUCACUUACCUGACAGCGGCCUGAAGAAAGGGCUGAUUGUGACCCCUGGGAGUUCGCGGGCCCCGCCAGGGAGUUCAGACCUCAUCCCGGUGAAGCAAUGCCUGCUGAUCAUCCUCAUCUUAGCUUCUCUGGCCACCAUCUUCCUCGUGUGCACAGUGGUGCUGGCGGUCCGUCUGUCCCGUAAGACCCACAUGUACCCAGUGCGGAACUACUCCCCCACAGAGAUGAUCUGCAUCUCGUCCCUGCUACCUGAGGGGGGUGAUGGGGCCCCUGUCACGGCCAAUGGGGGCCUGCCCAAGGUCCAGGACCUGAAGACAGAGCCCAGUGGGGACCGGGAUGGGGAUGACCUCACCCUGCACAGCUUCCUCCCUUAAGCUCCCCUGCCCGCCCGCCUAAUCGACACCCUUGCUGGCUCCACGCUCAUUCACUGGUCAUAGAGGUCACAGAUCUGGGCUUCCUGGGUGAAAUUUAUUCACGGGAGUCUUUAGAGCGCUGUGUGUUUCCCUGCAGGUCACUGGAUACCUGUCCUUGCAUUCUCCAAAAAGACUCAGCUCCCUUAUCCCACUCCCAAAAGUGACUCUAUUGGUUGCCG